AUGAUAAUUAAAAUUAUUCUAAUUCUGAUUAUAAAUCAUAAAAUAUUAUGUGAUCAAUGUUUAUCUUGUCAAUUAUCAUCAUCAUGUUAUGAAUGUUAUAAUAAAAUUCCAAAUGAUUUAACAAAUAUUGAAAUAUUUCAUUUAAUUUGUACAAAAAAUUUGAUGAUUUUUAAAGAUCAACAAAAAUUUUAUUCUAUUAUAAAAAAUUUUUCAAUGAUAAAUUGUACAAUGAAUAUAUUUUAUUUUGAUCAAUUUACAAUGUGGAAUUAUUUAGAUAAUUUAUCAUUAACAUAUGCAAAAUUAAAUCGUUUAUCUAGUAAAAAUUUAAAUCGAACACCAUUAAUACCACCAAUAUCACCUAUUUUAUAUACAUUAAAAACAUUAAAUUUAUCACAUAAUUCAUUAAGAACAAUAACAAAACAUUUUUCAUAUUAUUUUCCAUCUUUAAUUAAAUUAGAUUUAAGUUUUAAUCAUUUAUUAUUUAUUAAACGUAAAACAUUUACUGAUUUACAAUAUCUUAAAGAAUUAUAUUUAAAUAAUAAUUAUUUAAAACGUAUUUUAAUUAAUGUUUUACCUAAAAUAUGGCUUAAUUCUAUUGAUUAUCAAAUUGAAAAUAAUAAUAAUUAUAUUUUAGAAAUAGAUAAAAAUCCAUGGCAUUGUACAUGUAAUAAUUUAUUAUUAUUAAUGCCAAAUAUUCUUCAAUUUAAAUUAAAACGAGAUAAAAUGCCAUUAUGUCAUUCACCAAUAAUAUAUGUUAAUCGUUAUUCAUAUGAUAUUGCACAAGAAUAUAAAAUAUGUUCAAAAAAUUAUUUUCGACAAUCAUCUACAUCAUUUUUUAUAUUAUUUAUUGAAAUAGAUCAACUUCAAAUUAAUUUGACAUGUACAAUAGUGGUAAAUAAUGAAAAGAUAAAUGAGACGACAAUGACGAUAAAUAAUGAAAAUUUUAAAAACGUUUAUUUAUUAUCGGUAUGGAAAACAGAUCAACAAAAUAUUUUUCAUUCAAUAUCAAAUGAACAAUUUAUUGAUAAAAUGAUAAAUAAACAACAACGUUUAUCAUGUCUAGAAUUAAAUAGUUAUAAAUUAAGUUCAAUGUCAUCCUUAUUAUUAGUAAAAAAACAAUCUCAACAAAAUAAAUCCAUAUUAACUAUUGAAAAUUUUUAUUUAAAAUCAUCUACAAUAACAGAUCAUCCACAAUUAUUGACAAAUAUAUCAUUUACUUCGGUAAAAAUUGAUUCUACUGUCAUUAUUUCAACAACAACAACAACAACAACAUUAUCAUCAAUAAGACUGAUUAGAGAGGAAGAAGAAGAAAAUGAUCAAUCAAUACUUCCAGCAUUUUUUCUAUUUUUAUUUAAUGCGAGUAAAAGUAUUCUACCAACAUCAUUACGAACACCACCUCGACGAUUACUUACAGUAUGGCUUAUACUAUUAUGUAUUGCAUUAUUCUUUUUUAUAUUUCUUGUAUGCCUUUUACAAUAUAAACAUUAUCGAAUAAUUGCUGAAGAUAAUUUAUCAAAUAAAGAUAAACAAAUGGGAAAACAUACUAUUAAUGAUGAUAUUACAAAUUGUUCAUCCUAUCAAGUUAAUGAAGAUGAAUGUAUAUUACUUGAUCCUGAUGUUCGUCAAAUACAUUCUUGUCCAACAUCUGAAAAAUUAAAUCGUCGUCAAAAUAUAAAAAAAACAUCAUACGAUGAUAUAUCAAUAAAUAAUAGAAAUUAUUUAAAAAAUUUUAAUUAUUUACAAUGUAAAAAUCAACAAUGUACAUGUCAAUUUCAUCGUCGACAUCAUUCAAUGCUUUUAACAUCAACAUUAUAUGAUUAUUCACAAACAAAUUGUAAACAAAAAUAUAACAAUAUUAAUCAAUUAUCUUUAUAA